AUGGAGCAUGAUAAAACCAUGAAAAACCAAAUUAAGAAAGCUCUUGCCACCUGCCCGAACAAAAUCCCACUGCUCGAGAGCCCAAAUCAAGAAUCACGACCCAAUACUCGACCCGUUUUACUUCUUGCAUUGUCUUGGCCUGAAAUUACCUUCCGACAGAAGAAAACCCGUGAGCUUCUCGAGCCUCCUGGCCCCUUCCGUCGGCCUCAGCACCUUCGUGUCGUCCCCUAUAACCGAGCACGGGUUGGACCCGUUUCCCGUGGGCCCCACGCACCACCCGCCGGGAACAACCAUCCCUUUCCCUUUAAAAAGAAGCUCCGAGUCGAUCCUGUCGAGCACCGGGUCGUCUCGGUGGAAUUUCCGGGCGAAAGGGGCGUUCGAGUCGACCAUCCUCUGCAUGUCGUCGAGCGUGAGGUCGCUGUUAACUGUCGUGUUUCGAAACUCGGGAGCGUUGCAGAUGACCGUGUGGAAAUAGCCUUCGGGGGAAGAUAG